UCCCACCCCCUCUCCCCCUCCUCCCUCUCUCACGCAUUCAUCCUCCAUCGCAGCAGUCCUCCACCGGUGCCGCGUCCUCCAUCGCAGCAGCCCUCCACCGCCGGCGCUGCCACCCAUGUCUCCCGCAACAGCCCUCUAUCGUCGUCGUCUCCGCAAUCCUCAAUUUUCCUCCACUCCAUGUCAUCACAACGUCCCCUCCGACCACCGCGGCGCAAUCAUCCUCUCCCCGUCGGAGCCCUCUCGCCGCCCUUCAUCUCCCACCACUGCCGCCGUUGCGAGGUCACCCUCUUCCCCUACCUCUCUCUCCCGUCACCGACUCCCCUUUUCUAGAUCUGAUUUUUUAGUGGUACCAUUUUUCUUCUGGUAGCGUACUAGUGAUAGUGGUAUCUACCACUACCAUCAGGUAGCUGGUAGUGGUAGCGUACCACUACCAUCUGUUUUUUGUGUUAUUCUCUACUGGUACGCUACCAGUGCUAGUGGUACCCUAUCAUUAGCAUUGGUAGAGUAUCACUAGUGCGAGUGGUAAGAUACAAUAUGGUAGUGGUAGCGCUGUAGCACUAGUACAUUUUUUAACGCACUGGUAGCGUACCACUAGCACUGGUAUAUUAAUUACCAGUAGACUAAUGGAUUGGGGGACGGGAUACGGUGACAACCCCCCUAGGGGUUGUCAGAUUGACAACCAAGGGUAUUUUGGGUAUGAAAAAAAGGAAUAUAUUAAUUACCUUUUUUGUAUUAAUCAGAUUGGGAAUUAAAAACCCAUAUUAAAUACAAUUUUUUUGAAAUUUAAAUCCUAUACAUUAAUAUCUCUAUCUCUCUCUUCCUUUCUCCUGCGGUCACUCCGCUUCGAUGGACAGACUUUUUCUCUGGCGAAUUCUCUCUGGCAGACUCCCUCCGGCAACCUGAAAAAAUGUACCAGUGCGUUAAAAAGUGUACCAAUCUAUUAGUCUAUUGGUAAUUAAUAUACCAAUGCUAGUGGUACGCUACCAGUGCGUUAAAAAAUGUACCAAUGCUAGUGGUACGCUACCAGUGCUAGUGGUAUGCUACCAAUACUAGUGGUACGCUACCAGUGCUAGUGGUACGGUACCAUUACCACUUGUAGCGGUACCAUUAGCAGUACCAGUACCACUGGUAGCAGUACCAGUACCAGUACCACUGGUAGCGGUACCAUUGCCACUGGUAGCGUACCACUAGAGACUAGCACAAAAAAAAUCAGAUCUGGAAUAUGAAAAAUCACAGAUCUGGAAAAAAAAUAGGGAUGACGAAAGGGGGAGGCAGGGGAGAGGCGGUGACCUCGUGGCGACGGUGGUGGUGGGAGACAAAGGGCGGCGGGAGGGUUGCAACGACGGUGGUGGUGGGAGGCCAUCGCGGCGGUGGUGGGAGGAGGAGGUCGCGAUGGCUGCGGGGCGAGGGACGUGACAGUGCUGGGAGGCGGAGGGCGCGACGACGGGAGGGCUGCAGCAGUGAUGAGAGGCGAAGGGCGUGGCGGGUCGGCUGCGACGACGGUGGUGGCAGCCGAUAGAGAGAGAGGGAAGAGAUGGGAGGAAGAAGAAGAAGAAUAGGAAGAAGAAAGAUGGCGUGAGAGAGAGAGAGGAAAGAGAGAGUGUAGGGUUUUAGAUAUUAAUAGGGGUAAUAAUCUAGUGUGGUCAAUUUUUUUCGUCCAAAAAUACCUUAAUCCAAUCUGUACCAUUGAUUUGAAAAAAGAAGAAAGAGACAAGAGAGAGAAUGGAUCCUAUGGUUAUAAAAUGGGUUGUCAAUCUCACAACCCCUAAUGGGGUUGUCACCGUAUCUCAUCCCAUGGAUUGGUACACUUUUUAACGCAUUGGUACAUUUUUUCAGGUUGCCGGAGGGAGUCUGCCGGAGAGAAAGUCUGUCCGUCGAUGCGGAGUGGCCGCUGGAGAAAGGAAAAGAGAGAUAGAUAGAAAUAUUAAUGUAUAGGAUUUAAAUUAAAAAAAAUAUAUUUAAUAUGGGUUUUUAAUUCUCAAUAAAAUUAAUAAAAAAAGGUAACUAAUAUAUUUUUUCAUACCCAAAUUAACCUUGAUUGUCAAUCUAAUAACCCUUAGGAGUAACACUCUAUCUCGUCCAUCAUAAAUCAAGUAAUCAACCAAGAGGUCCAAGACAGAGUCCGCUGGAAACUUGACAGUCGCAGCAUUCCGCAUUCCCCAGCGAAAGAGAGAAAUUUUCGCCGGCGACCUUGGCCGGACAAUUAAUGGACAAUUAAAAGUCUUAUUAAGCUCAACAAUGAGGCCCAUAGUCAAAUGAAGGUUACAAUACUGC